AUGCUCAUUGACUCAGUGUCUUACCCCCCUCCUCCCCUUCCCCCCCCUUUCCUCCCCCCUCCCUCCCUCAUUUCCCCCCUCCGUUCCUUCCCCGUCCCCCCAUCUGCAGCGCACCUCUCGAGCCAAAUGCUCAUUGACUCGGUGCGCGGCGUGCCUCUGGUUCCUUCUGAUAGUAGCACAGCCACUGGCAGCAGCAGCGGGCCUGCAAUGAUGAGUCUGGACAUGCGGCCAUCUGACGCAAUCAACCUAGCAGCACGCGCCAAGGUGCCCAUUCAGGUGCGGAAGUCUCUGGCGGUGGCGGACGGAGUGCGGAUAGUGGGGAUGGUGCGGUCGGCAGUGGCACCUGGGCAUGGCGGGCGGCUGCUGAGACGGCAGCAGAGAGUGGUGCUGACGUCAGAGGACAAGAUCAGUGCAAAUUGUGUGGGGAUGGUGCAGGUGGUAGAGAGUCAGUCAGAUGAGUUCGCGCUGGUGAGGCGGAUGGAGGAAGCAGCACAGCACCAAUCAACCCGAUCUCGGGGACUUGUCACCGGCGGACGAGUUUGCGCUGAUGGAGGAAGCAGCUCAGCCCCGACCAGUCCAACCAAUUCUGCACCCGCUCCCUUUAUCUCCCCUCCCGCCCCCGUCCCCGCUCUGGCUCAUUCCGCUCUCCGCAGACCCGAUCUCGAGGACCUGUCACCGGCGGACGAGUUUGCGCUGGUGAAGCUGAUGGAGGAAGCAGCACAGCACGAGCGGUACGGCGAUGCAGCGAAGAUUAAAGACCAGCUGACGAAGCUGCGUCGGAGAACCAACAAGGCCAAACCGUCUAUGAGUGGGACCAAGGGGGUGGUUCUCCUUGUGAAGAAAAGCACGAGCUUAUUCCACGAGUCUCCUAGGAUUUUAGGCCAAACCGUCUAUGAGUGGGACCAGACAGUUGACGAGAUAGAGAUUUUCGUCCCGCUGCCCGAAGGAGUGCCCGCAAAACUGUUCACAUGCCAAAUAUCGCAACGGCACAUCACGGUCGGCAUCAAGGGCAACCCCCCUUACUUGGAUCACGACCUGGCCGGGGCUGUGAAGGUGGACGACAGCUUCUGGACCAUUGAGGGCGCCGAGCUCCACAUCUCGUUGCAAAAGGCCGAACGAGGCAAGCCAUGGCCGGGCGCCAUUAAAGGGCACACUUUGGAUGCUUUCUCUGCGGACCAGGAGUCGAGACGGCUCAUGCUGGAGCGGUUUCAUAUAGAGAAUCCGGGGUUUGACUUCUCGGGUGCAGAGCUGACAGGAUCCUGCCCUGACCCAGCAGCGUUCCUUGGUGGCAUUCAGAGGCAGUAA